AUGGCGAGUUUGGAGCUUGGAAUUGGUUAUCCCAAGCGACGCUGCUUCCACGAAUACUUCAUAACCCACAUACCCUCGACGUCGCUGCAUCCUGACUCGCGAGUCACCCAGCCUGCGCUGCACCACAAGCUCCCGCGCGACAAGAGCACGCCGUACAAUGCGGACAAGUCGGGGCGGUCGCCGGCUGCCGUCGUGGGCACGUCGCGCGAGAUGACCGUCGUCCGCAUACCAUUGAAGAGCGCAAAACACCAUUUCGGCGUCUCCUUGUCGCGGGGGUCGCGGCCAUACAACGAAGAUGCGUUCCAGGCGGGCACCAUUGACCUCCCCGCCUUCGCACGGCGGCGCCCCAUCUCUCUGAGCAGAAAGGGACAAAGCGCAGACACCGAGGUCACACCAGACGUAGGCGCGAGUGGAGAUCCGCAGGUCUUCUACUUUGGCGUCUUCGAUGGCCAUGGCGGCGCUGAGUGCUCCGGCUUCCUGAGGGAGCAGCUGCACGACUACCUGGAGAAGGCGACCAAGCAGUUUGAGCUCACCAGCAGCCUCGCACGGGAAAGAACCGAGACCCAGUCUGGCAACCCAAAGGCCAAGGGCGAGGCUUCUUCUGGCGACCGAAGGCAGAGGGACAAGGAAAGCCUGAAUGCUAUAGAAACGCAUACGCCACCGGGCACAACAGCUAUGAAGCCGCCACAGCCUGGAAGCAAAGACCAGCUACCAACCGCCGGCUCCAAAUCUAUGGAUGGUCCAAUCGAAGGCGUGGCUCCAGUGCGACAAUCAGACAGCGUACGGAAAGCUGAAGAGCUCGAGCAGCAGCUGGUCAAACAAUGGAAGGAGCUCGUAGGCGGAUACUUCAGACGCUUCAAGCCCGAGUACUUCUCCAUGUCCGCGGGCGGACGCGGCCACCCGGCUGAGAAAGAAGUCAUUGAGAAGCGUCAUACCAGCAAUCCAACAAUACCCGAAGACGUCAAAGAAGGCAUCGGAAUCGAGACCGUCCUCGAAUACGCCUUCCUAAAAGCCGACUACGACUUCGUCGCCGCCCAAGUCGGCAAGAAAGAAGAAGACCCCGUCCGCGCAGACAAGGCUCUAAACGACGACGACAUCCUCGGGCAGCCAUCACGCCAAACCAGCACAAACAUCGGCGGUACAAGCCGCUUCAAAGGCGGCAGCACAUGCAGCGUAGCCCUCAUCUCGACGCCCACGCCCUCACCCUUCUGGCACCCGUCCUCGCCAUCUUCCCUCAUAACCGCUCAUGUCGGCGAUACUAGGAUACUUCUCUGCAACACCGCAACCGGGCUCGCCGUCCCCCUAACAUCGAACCACCACCCCUCCCUCCCCGAAGAAGCAACCCGCCUCCGCCGCUUCGCCGCCUCCUUCGUCACCGACUCCUUCGGCGAAGAACGCAUGUCCGGUCUCGCCAAUACCCGUUCUUUCGGCGACAUGGCACACAAACGGGUGGGCGUAAGCGCCGAACCCGAAAUUCGUCGUAUAGAACUCUCGCCCGCGGAAUACUCCUUCCUCAUCUUGUGUUCAGAUGGUGUGUCGGGCCAUUUGAGUGACCAGGAGAUUGUGGAUAUUGUCAAAGAGGCCAAGACGCCGGAGCAGGCGGCGAGGGAUGUUGUGGCUUUUGCGACGGAGACGAGCACGGGGAGUGAGGGGGCGGAUAAUGCGACGGGUUUGGUUGUUAGGUUGGGGGGUUGGGAGAGGAGGGGGGAAGGUGGAUUGGGGAGUCUGGGGACGAAGGAGAUGAGGGAUUGGAGGAGGCAGGAGGCGGAGAAUCCGAGGGCUAGUGGGAGGAUGUGA